GAUCCUUUAUUAUGCCAAUGUUCCCCUGCAUUCGCUCCUCUCUCCCACCCCUUAUCUCUCGGAGGGGGGCUCUUAGUCGUCCCCCCUCCCUUCCAAUUCGCCCCCCUCUUUCCCCAGAGCCUUCCCUGCGGCUUGGCUCUUCCAACCAGGCGCCCCCCAGGCGCUUUCCGCUCGCCUGUCCCGGCCCCCUUCCCAACCGGGCCUGGCGAGGCCUGCGGGCUCCAGAACGCGGCGUGCGGCACAAUGGGUUGCCAUGGCGACCGGCCAGGCCGCCUGCAGCCUCGAGCCUGGCUCCGGCCUUGGCCCAGGCAGAGGAGGGGUGGCGGGUGAGCGGCUACCCCGGGACCAACCAUGCUAAGCGACAGCCCAGGCAUGAUGAACAUUGGAACUAUUGACGUCUAUUUGAACAAGUUAGGAACCAACCUCCAGACCAUGGUGUACAGUGACGAGGAGCAGGAGAAUGAAGCCUGGAGGAUGUACAUGGAGAGGAAAAACGUCGUGCUGGAAUUCCUGCACUCAGACUUGAGCCUUCACCUGCUCAAGCGCCACCACAAGAGGAUUGAGCUUCUGAAAAAGUGCUCCUAUUACAUUGAAAUCUUGCCUAAGCACAUGGCACUGGGCGAUCAGAACCAUCUGAUGCUGCCCACCACCAUGUUCCAAUUGAUAGACCCCUGGAGGUUCCAGAGGAUGAAGAAAGUGGGUACCAUCCAAACCAAAAUCCAGCUGCUCCUCCUAUCUGACCUGUUGGAAGAGCUGGAGAGAGGUCGGGAGGAGCUGGUCCACUUCCUGGAGACAUACGACACGAUGACUUUCCUCUCCAGAUGGGAUGCUGUCAGACAAAGGCUGUCUAGUCUCUCUGAGCAGAUGGAUUAUUUCCUUGCUAUGCUGGUACCUGGAAGGUUGUACGUCAAGCACCGUCUGGUAUCGGAUGUUGGGAUUACCAAGGUCCCAUACAUCAGGCUUGUGCUUAGCACAAAAAUGCCGGUGAUGUUUGAUCGGAGGGAGUCGGUGGCACACGAGGACUGGAUGAGCCUCAAGUGGUUUGUCACGAGUCAGCAGCCGCAGCUCGAACAGUACGAACUCUGCUUCAAGCUGCUGGAGCCCAGAACACCCCAAGAGCGAGUUCACUGUGGAAUAAUGACAGUCACUUCACACACAUGCGAAAUCCACAACCUGCUGUCUGACCGUUUGUAUAGGUUCACUGUCAAAAGGGCAGAGACUUACACACUUGUCUAUGAACAGUGGCACGAUUCGAUCCUGCUUAAGACAAAACCGUACCUUGAGGAAGAAAUGGACAGCGCCAUGUCUGAACCCUGACUUUCCCAUCAUAGCAAUUCACAAGGAAUGUAAAAUAAGUAAAUUAAAAACUUAUUUUUAAAGGUU